AUGGGCAUGCACGCGUCUUCCAAGUCCAACCGCGAGGUGGUGGAGUCCCUGUACACCUCACUGGCCCGUGGCGACGCCGCAGCCGUGACGGUAUUGCUGGCGGCGGACCUGGACUGGUGGUUUCACAGGCCGCGUCGGUGCCAGCAUAUGCGAAGCAUGCUAACCGGUGAGGCGGUGGGUGACAUGGUGUUUCGGUUCGCGCCAACGUGGGUGGUGGAGGUUGGCUGCACCACAGAAGGCGAAGACGGGUGGGUGGUGGCGGAGGGUUGGGCCGGGGUUGGGGAGCGGGACUACUGGGUUCACGCGUGGUGCCUCCAUGCAGGCGUCAUCACAAGUUUCCGUGAGUACUUCAACACCUCCGUCACCGUCAGGGAGCUAGGCCGGCCCGCCAAGGAGGAUGUGGUAUGGGCUGUGUGGGAAAGCCAAUCGCCCAAGCCCAAGGGCCGCUCCAUGCCGGGCCUAGUGCUUGCGAUUUGA